AUGAUCGGCACAAUACCUGAGACUACAACAUCUACUCCAGGGAUCAAGCUUCAGAGGUGCAGCUGUGGCUGGGAGAAAGUAACAUCCUAUGCAGGCCUUAGAAUACAUCAAGGUCGAAAAAAGUGCUUGAAGGAAGUCGGACAGGGACCUCGCAUCGACCCCUACUUCUUACGAAGCAAGUCGAGUCAGUCAAGUGAAGUUCAGCAGCAGGACAAAAACCAAAGUCUGCAGGACAUCAAUCCCCCGGGUCCAGAGGAAGAGGAGCCAAGCACAGCAGAGCCCCUUGAGCCCAGCCUACCUCAGCUCGCAACUGAAACAAAGAUCCCAGGGCGAAAGCCACUUAUCAAGUGGCCUAAAUCCUGUGAGAAAAAGGAGUGGGAAGCGAUCAACACAGACAUCAGCAAACUCUUUGAACAACUGAAGGGAACUGCGAUUAAAAAGCUGGAGAAGGUGGGAGAGCUGAUGUACAGCUAUGGUGCUGAGCGCUUUGGAAUCACAGAGGAAAGGAAAAAAACAUCAAUCAUCCCAACAAAGUCCAGGAGACAGCAGGAGAUUGAGAGAAGACAGCUGAAGAAGCAGUGGAGGAAAGCCCCAGAGGAGGAGAAGGAUGGAAUAAACCUGCUGCAAGCAGAAAUCCAAAACAGGCUGUCAACUUUCAGGAGAGCUGAGAAUCUUAGAAGGAGGCAUAAAAGGAAGGAGCAUGCAAGAUCAAGCUUCUUCAAAGACCCCUUCAAAAUCCACACUGACAGCCACCGGUGCGAACAGAUCACCCUUCCACCGGAUAUGCCACCAAUACAUCCUCCAGAACACCAGCUAGAUGUAUGUCCUCCCAAGUGGAGUGAAGUGGAAAGAACUGUUCGUCGAGCAAGAGCUGCAUCCUCUCCUGGGCCCAACGGAGUCCCUUACCGGCUUUAUAAAAACGCACCAGAUGUGUUACGCUUUCUCUGGAGGCUAAUGAAGGUGGUGUGGCAGAAACAAUCGAUACCAACAGCUUGGCGAAGGGCCGGUGGCGUCCUAAUCCCUAAGGAAAAGGAUGCUGCUGACAUCAGCCAGUUUCGCCACAUCAGCCUCUUAAACGUUGAAGGCAAGAUCUUCUUCAGCGUAGUAGCUCACAGGCUGGCUGUGUACCUAGACAGAAACAAAUACAUCGACACAACAGUGCAGAAAGCAGGGAUUCCAGGCUUUUCUGGUUGCUUGGAGCAUACAAACAUGAUAUGGCAUCAAAUCCAAGCUGCCAAAAAGGAGGGAAGAGAUCUCCAUGUCGUGUUCUUGGACCUCGCCAACGCCUUUGGUUCUGUUCCUCAGUCUCUUGUGGAUGCGUUUGACCUGUUCAGCAUCCCACAGGCUAUCACCACUCUUGUCAAAUCCUAUUUCCAGGAUGUCCAGCUAUGCCUCACAACUAAGGAGUACACCACAGCAUGGCAGCGUUUGGAUAUAGGGAUCAUGGCAGGAUGCACCAUCUCCCCUCUGGCCUUCACCAUGGCAAUGGAGGGCAUCAUCCGAGCCUCCCGAUGGGUGGUAGGAGGUCAGCAGCUCAAAGCUGGUCUUCGACUCCCUCCCAUCAGAGCGUACAUGGAUGACCUGACCACACUCACAACAACCAUGCCAUGCACAAGGCGACUGCUGAAAAAGCUCCAGGAGAACAUCGAGUGGGCCCGGAUGAAGAAAAAGCCAAGCAAAUCCAGGAGCAUAUCAGUCGUCAAGGGCAAGCUGUCAGAGCAGCACUUUUUCAUCGGCGAGGAACCCAUACCAACAGUGUUAGAGAAGCCAGUGAAGAGCUUAGGGCGCUGGUACGAUGCCAACCUCAAGGACAAAGAUCAAGUGCACCAGCUUAGGCAGGACACAAUCUGCGGCCUCGAGAGUAUCGACAAGUCCCUGCUUCCUGGCAGGUUAAAGCUCUGGUGCCUUCAAUUCGGUCUUCUACCCCGGCUGAUGUGGCCUCUUACCAUCUAUGAGGUCCCUAUCUCCAAGGUUGAAAAACUGGAGAGGUUGAUCAGCUCGUUUGCCAGAAAGUGGCUGGGUCUUCCCAGGUGCUUCAGCAACAUAGGGCUGUAUGGAAGAGGCAUUCUGGAGCUGCCUGUGUCCAGUCUUACAGAGGAGUUCAAGUGCUCCAAAGUAAGGCUGGAAAUGACACUAACAGAAUCCCAUGACCCAUCUGUAGCCCAAACAGCUCCUACUCUGGCGACCGGAAGGAAAUGGACUGCAAGCGCAGCUACACAGCAGGCAAAGGCAGACCUAAGGCAUCGUGACAUCGUUGGCUUUGUGCAACAGGGGAGAGGAGGCUUUGGCCUCGGAGAGAGCAGACCAUCGUGGCACAAGGCAGCUCCAUCUCAGCGCAGAGGUCUGGUCGUUGAGGAGGUGCGCCGGCAAGAGCAGGCAACAAGGUGCGCAAAGGCUGUCUCCCAAUCGAAACAGGGACAGUGGAUGAGGUGGGAGGGUGUUGAGAGAAGAAAGUUCUCUUGGAAGGAACUGUGGAGUAUGGAAGCAUUUCACACCAGCUUCAUCUUACGAGCAACGUAUGAUGUCUUGCCAUCUCCCAGUAACCUUCAACAAUGGUACGGAGAAGACCCAACGUGCCCACUCUGCCCGUCUCCAGCAAACCUUAAACACAUCCUGGUUGGCUGCAAGACAGGCCUGACUCAAGGCCGUUACACCUGGCGGCACAACCAAGUGCUGAAGUGCCUUGCAGCUAUGCUGGAGACCAGACGAACGACCAUCAAUGGCCUACCUCCAUCAUCCCGUCCUACAUCUGCAAGAGGUUUUGUCUGUGAAGGUGCAAAGCCAACCAAGGCCAAUACAACAUCAGACCUCGGUCAGCUGGGAGCAGCGCGAGACUGGAGGCUCGUGGUGGAUCUGAGUCCAAGGCUCUACUUUCCAUCAGAGAUCGCUACUACGAACCUCAGACCAGACCUCGUGCUCUGGUCCUCCUCAACUAAGGUGUACAUCGUAGAGCUGACUGUACCCUGGGAGGACGCUGUAGAGGAGGCCUACGAAAGAGGAGAGACGCCACCUGGGCCCCAAAAUAGCAUCUGUGGCGCAGAAGGGUUGAAGCAGAGGGGCACAUCUGGGACGCCAGGUGUUGCUGAUGAGCCCUCUGGAGGUGUUGUGGGCCUAUCAUCGAAACACCGGAGAUGGAGGGUGCCCACCUGA